CCUUCUUCCUCCUUCUUCUUGAAUUCUUCUUCAGUUCUCCUCUCUCUAUAUAAGUUUAAACACAACACGGUCUCUCUUUCCCAGUAACUUCUUCUUCUCCGUCAACUUCUUGUACCUGCACCAGAGUGACCAGACCACCAGAAUAGAAAGUUAGAAACAGAGACUGGCAUUCUUGUAUUUGUAGGUUAACAUAACAACGCCUUUACAUAUUUUUAUGGUCUAGUAGCUAGGCUGUUUACUUAUUUUGUACUCCCUAAACCAAAAUCCCCCCUCCCCCCUUCCUACUCCUCCUAUUCCUAUAUUAAGAAGAAGCACAGAAUCCAACGCAAUUCCAAGGAAGAUGGAUAAUUUUUGUUUGAAAACCACAACGGGGAUACCCGGAAUUACAGCUGCCCUGCCGAUCGACGUGCGUACGAACCCGUCUCAGGUGAGCGCGCUGGGGAGGUCCACCGUGGACAACAAUCACAAGAGGUUCUCCUUCAAGUACCCUUUGAAAUCUCUCUGGCCCGGCGCCGGAAGAGGAGCCGCUCCUGCGCACAAUGGGUUGCCUCUCGACGACGCCGUUCCCUUGGCCCAGGAGGAGGAGGAGGAGGACGACUGCCUUACCCAAACCCAAAGUGGCAACUGGGUUUUAAAGAUUUUGCACGUCAGGUCUCUCUGGGGAGGAGGAGCAGAUCAACAGGGUAAGGCGGAGCUGCGUGGGGAAGAUGAAGCCGCGCCCAACGAUAACAGAAAUGGUGAUGAUGACGAAAAUGACGACGAUUGUGAUGGUUGUAGAAUUGAACAACAAGACGAUCAUCAACAAGAGCAGCAGCAGGUUGAGUUUGAUAGAGAUUCGUUUUCCAGAUUGCUUCGGAAGGUUUCCUUGGCGGAAACCAGGUUAUAUGCUCAGAUGUCGUAUUUGGGGAGCUUGGCUUACUCCAUUCCCAAAAUCCAGCCACAAAAUCUCUUGAGAGGUCAUGCUCUGCGGUUUGUUACUUCUUCAAUGGAAAAGAAGGAACUUGCUGCUAAAAUUGAGAAACAUCAAGAGUCGGCUGCAGUUGAAGAAACUGAAAGCACCCUAAAGGAAGACAUGGAAGAAGACGAGGAAGGGAAGGAGCAGAAGAACAAUGGAUACAGAAUAAGUCCCUCUGCUGCUUAUCAUAUUGCUGCCUCUGCAGCUUCCUAUUUGCAUUCCCAUACAAGGAGCAUACUUCCAUUCAAAUCCUCAAAGGAUGAGACUGAUCAAGAUUCAACAGAAGAAAGCAGAGGAAGAGGCAGCCCUGUUAAUAUGAUGAACUCAGACAUGGCUUCUUUGAUGGCAACCACGGACUCAGUAACUUCUGUGGUUGCUGCAAAGGAAGAAGUAAAGCAGGCUGUUGCAGAUGAUUUAAACUCAACACAUUCAUCCCCGUGUGACUGGUUCAUAUGUGAUGAUGAUCAAAGUGCCACCAGAUUCUUGGUCAUUCAGGGGUCUGAAUCUCUGGCAUCCUGGCAAGCAAAUCUACUUUUCGAGCCCAUUCAAUUCGAGGGACUGGAUGUGCUUGUGCAUAGAGGCAUAUAUGAGGCUGCAAAAGGGAUUUAUGGACAGGUGUUGCCUGAAGUUCAUGCACACCUCAAAUCUCAUGGUGAUAAAGCAACCUUCCGUUUUACUGGGCACUCAUUAGGGGGAAGCUUAGCACUACUAAUAAACCUCAUGCUGCUUAUACGGGGUGAAGUGCCAGUUUCUUCAUUACUUCCUGUUAUAACUUUUGGUUCACCAUCCAUCAUGUGUGGAGGUGAUCAACUGCUUCGCAAACUUGGAUUACCACAGAGUCAUAUCCAGGCAAUUACAUUGCACAGAGACAUUGUACCCCGGGCAUUCUCUUGCAAUUAUCCUAAUCAUGUGGCAGAGCUUCUCAAAGCUUUAAGUGGGAACUUCCGGAAUCAUCCCUGCCUUAAUAACCAGAAGCUACUGUAUUGUCCAAUGGGGGAGCUGUUGAUUCUUCAACCAGAUGAGAAAUUCUCCCCAAACCAUCAUCUUCUGCCUUCAGGCAGCGGUUUAUAUAUUCUAAGUGGUGCUCUACCAGAUGUCAAUGAUGCAGAGAAGCAGCUGCGUGCAGCAAAGUUGGUAUUCUUAAACUCUCCACAUCCACUUGAAAUCUUAAGUGAUCGGUCUGCAUAUGGUUCAGAAGGAUGCAUUCAAAGAGAUCAUGACAUGAGCUCUUACUUAAAAUGUGUUCGUGGGGUGAUUCGACAAGAGCUUAACCAUAUUAGGAAGGCCAGAAGACAGCAGAGGCGCAAGGUUUGGUGGCCCCUCGUGUCAUCCCGGGGUGUGGAUGUUGGAAUCAUUGUGGGAAGGCCUUUUGCGACAAUGAAGCAGGGCCAGUACCAGGUCAAUUUUUCUGGCGUGUUACAAAGUGGGAAAGAGUCCUUGAAACGGUUCAGUAGACUGGUUGCAUCACAGCACAUGCAUUUGUUUGUGGUGCUUUUGGUACCAGCACGACUCAUACUCUUGGGGGCAUAUAGUGUGAUUGGUUUCCGCUGAUCAGUACAAGGUUGGUGCAUAAAUGAACCAUGUUUCUGUUUGUUUUUGGUACAUGGUUGGACCGGUGGUGGCACAUUGCUGGCAGGACAAUUAGACCAUUCUUUAUUCAUUCCUUUUUUUUUUCUUUUUUUUUUUCCUAAAGAAGGAAAAGGUUAGUAUCAAAAGGAUUCAGGGUUUCAUUCCUAAGAUUUGAUAAAUGUAGAAAUGAUAUGUAAAGGGCCCCAAUACAAGUAUCAAAGGAAAAUAUUACUUGCACUCAA